AUGUCGGCACCCAUCACAUCCCACACGUUCACCGCACCCACCAGCGCAAAACCAUACACCUACCUCACGGCCGGCCCCUCCGAUGGGCCCCUUGUCAUCCUUCUCCACGGCUGGCCGGCGGUGGCCCUGACAUGGAAGCCGCAGCUGCUGUCCUUGUCGAGCUUGGGCUUCUACUGCGUCGCGCCCGACAUGCCCGGGUACGGGGGCACGUGGACGAGCGACGACCCGAGCGAGUUUGCGCUGGAGAAGCUCGUGCCGGAUCUGCUGGAGCUGCUGAAGUCCCUGGGCCGCCAGGACGCCCUCUGGAUCGGCCACGACUGGGGCUGCGGACCGCUGUACGCCCUGGCGAGCCACCACCCGGAGGCAUGCCGCGCGAUCGUGGGCAUCUCGGUGCCGUACCGCACGCUCGAGCUGGGCCUCCCCACGCUGCUCGACCUGAUCGACCGCGACCUGUACCCGGAAAGCGAGUUCCCCUGGGGCCAGUGGGACUACCAGGUCUUUUACGAGCGGGACCCCAAGGCCAUCGACCGACAAUUCGAGUCCAACCCGGCCAAGAACCUGAAGCUCGUCUAUUCCCGAGGCAGCGCCCAGAACGCCCGGGGCAUCGCCCGCACCGCCCAGGUGACCAAGCACAAGGGCUGGUUCGGCGGACCCGACGCGCCGACCCCAGACCUGCCCCUCGACAAGACGGUGCUGGACCAAGAAAUCUACGACGCCCUGGUCGCCGGCGUGCAACGGAACGGCUGGAAGGGCGCCACGGCCUGGUACCUCAACCACGCCGCCAACCGCAAGUACACGCUCGAGAAGAGCGUGGACCAGGGCGUCCUGAAAAUGCCCGUCCUCUUUGUCCACACCGAGUACGACGCCGUCUGCCAGACCGCCCACAAUCCAAAGCUCGUCCAGGCCAUGAGAGACCACUGCCGCGAUCUGACCGAGUUCGUCAUCCAGGCUGGCCACUGGGGCAAUCUCGAGUGUCCCGAGGAAGUCAAUUCGGGCAUCGCCAGUUGGGUCCUGAAAAGCGUCCGGGACUGGUGGCCUGGGCCGGAGCUGAAGAGUCGGCUAUAA